AUGAGUUGGUUAUGGCCAUUAAGUUUAAUUUGGAGUAGCAACAGAAGAAAAAAAGGGAAAGACAAUAUAAUUUUGUCUUAUACAGAAGAUUUAAAUAAAUUGAGUAUUGAAAUCAAUUCAAUAGAGAAGAAAUUGAAUGAGAAAAGCCCAUAUAUUCGAUAUUUUCACUUCUAUGUGUUACCUCUUUUAUUAAGUAUAAUAUAUUAUUAUGUUCAUAGAUAUAAUUGUAGAUUAACGCAAUUUUCAAGGAAAAAUUUAAAUUUGGAUCUCAGUGGAUGGAUAAUUUAUUUUGUUCUUACGCUUGUAACAUACACUAUUAUAAUUUAUAUACUGUUGAAAUUGACGUCAUGGGAAAGAAAAUAUCGGACUAAUAAAUUAUCCAAGUUGCGUAGUCAAUAUGAUAAUACAUUGAAUCAAUUUAAAGAAGAUACAAAAUUUAAUGAGUCUAUCUCGAUGUUACAAAGAUUUAAUGGUGGUAUGGAUCAGAUUGAAUUAGUUAAUGAAGAAUUGAAGGGAAAAUAUGAAGAAUUGAAUAAAUUAAGGUUAGAGAUAGACAAAUUGAAAAAUAAGGGUGGAGAUUAUUAUGAUAAUAGUAAUAGCAAUAAUAAAGUAUGGUUAGAUAAGAUUGUUGGAUUAAUGAGUGGAGGGAAUGAUAUACUAGUUAAGGUAUUGUGUCCAAAAUGUAAAAAAUUUAAUGGGCUUUAUCGAUAUGUCAAUGAACCAAUUGGAUAUAAAUGUGUGGAUUGUGAUAUGGAAGUUCAUGAAAUAGAAAAAGGUAAUGAAGAAACUAGUGAAAAGAAAGAAGAAGGAAAAGAUAAAUGA